AUGGGGCUGGCGGAGGCCAUGGGGGACGCGUUUGGUGCUGCUGACGAUGAGCGAAGGGGGGAAGGGAGGGAGGGGUUACGGCCGGCAAGCUGGAUUCUUGAGUCGACUCAAAAGGGAGGGGUUACGGCCGGCAAGCUGGAUUCUGGCAAGGUGAGAGCCGGUGAGGGGACUCUGUGGGGUAAAGGCGUGUGGGAGAAUCACUUGAGGGAGCAGUGGAGAGGCUCCGCACCGCACCUGCUUCUCCUGCACCGAUUUCUGCCCCUGGGGUUCCCGCCCCCCUGCAUCAUGGGCGCACUGUUCACGGGGGAGCCUGCAGACUCCCACCUUUACGGCCCGGGCCCACUAUUCGCCGAGGCAGAGGCUGCUGCGGUGGCGGAGGAGCGAGAGGCUCUGCAGGCGAAGCUGGGGGUGGCGGAGCUGCUGGACUCUCCCCUGCUGGGUGCACCGUGGCGGUGUUUGCGGAUGGACGAGCAGGGGGGAGGAGGUGCAUAG